AUGUCCGAGAAGAAGGCAGAAGACUCGGCUAUCGGAGAACAGAGCGUGGACUAUGGCAUUGGCCAUGUUCGCAAGUCGCAUACGGCGAGUCGCAGGAAAAGCUCCGCGGUCGAUCCAGAGAUUAUUGCGGGAGAGAUAUUCGACGAGCGUUAUGAGACUACCCAGCGUGGUCUGAAGUCACGACAUGCUCAAAUGAUUGCGUUGGGUGGCACAAUAGGUACUGGGCUCUUUGUCGGCUCAGGCCAAACCCUCGCUCGUGGCGGCCCGGCCUUCAUCCUGUCCACGUACAUCGCCAUGUCGUUCUUGAUCUUUUGUACCGUUGCGGGUAUCAUUGAAGUCGCGGCCUAUCUGCCGACCCCGGGGUCUUCCAUGAACCUUUUCGGUUACCGCUAUGUGUCGCGCUCUAUGGGGUUCGGCCUGGGUUGGCUAUACUUCUACUCGCUCGGUAUCCUUGUGCCUUACGAAAUCACGGCAGCCGGGUUGGUCAUUGAGUAUUGGAACCCGCCCGUGAACAUCGCAGUGUGGAUCACAGUCAUGAUCAUUGUCAUCGUUGGACUGAACUGCUUUCCAGUCAGGUUCUACGGCGAGACAGAGUUCUGGUUUGCCGGAACAAAGGUUAUCAUGAUUUUAGGGCUCCUGAUUCUGUCAUUUGUUUUGUUUUGGGGCGGCGGUCCACAGCAUGACCGACUCGGCUUCCGGUACUGGAAGAACCCUGGCGCGGCGAAUACGUAUCUAGAAGAAGGAAAUGCUGGGCGAUUUGUGGCCCUCUUAUCCACUAUGGUACUCUCUGCUUUCCCCUUCACGUUUGCUCCCGAGCUUCUCGUUGCAACAGGUGGCGAGAUGCAGUCACCGCGUCGCAACUUGCCUACUGCGGCACGCAGAUACAUAUACCGCCUACUCUUCUUCUAUGUUGGCAGCGUACUGGCUAUCGGAAUCAUUUGCCCCUCCGACGACCCCAUCAUUACGUCUGGUGGUUCUGGAGCUGGCUCGUCGCCCUUUGUUGCGGGAAUUAAGAACGCUGGCAUCCCCGUGCUGGACAGCAUCAUCAACGCAGGUAUCAUCAUCAGUGCAUGGUCGUCCGGAAACUCCUUCCUAUUUUUGUCCUCGCGCUCGCUAUACGCGCUCGCCCUGUCUGGCAACGCACCUUCCGUCUUCAAAGCAUGCACCAAGUCCGGUGUACCGUAUUGGGCUGUUACUGCCUCUUCGUUGUUCUGCGUUCUGGCAUACCUAAACGUAGGCAGCGAGAGUGCGGUCGUCUUUAACUGGUUCGUGAAUUUAACAAACACGUCUGGAUUCAUCUCCUGGAUCUGCUGCGGCAUCAUCUUUCUGCGCUUCCGGAAAGCCUGCGAAACGCAAAACAUCACGGAUCUUCCAUAUCGCUCACCGGUGAACAAGUGGGGUGCUUGGUGCGUCAUCAUCAGCUUUACAAUUCUCUGUUUGGUCAACGGGUUCGAUGUCUUCUGGCCUGAGAAGUGGGACGUUAGCUCUUUCUUUACUGCGUACGUGGGUAUUCCCAUGUUCUUCCUGUUCUAUGGGGGGCAUCGGAUUUGGGCCUGGAGCGAUAGUUGGGCUUAUGAUCCAGCAGAGGUAGAUCUGAAGACGGGUAUGGAUCAGGUGCUUGCUGAGGAGGUGCCGGCGCGAACAAUGAAUAUGAAAGGGCCAUGGUGGAAGAAAAUCACCUUGCUUUGGCAAUAG